AUGGCAGCAGCAAUAGAUGUGCGUGUGCCAGCUGUGACUCCCGGCGGCAUGUCUCCCGUGGCGGCCGACAUCGCAGGCACCAGAGCGGCCAUGAGCGAGCAGGAGAGGCUUCUGAGAGAGCAAAACGAGAUGCGGAGAAAUUCCAAAGACACCGAAAGUAGUGACGAUGGGAAAGACGUCGAAUCAACGGAUGAUAUGGACGGCGAGAGUGAGAUAGGAGGCGAACUCGAGGCAUCUGCUACAGUCACAAGAGCGGACUACGAGCAGCGUCUGGACGACCGCAAGGCUAGGAAAGGCCUGAACAACUAUCAGGCUGCUCUAACAGGCCGUUGA